AUGGCUCCCAUCCCUAGUCGACUUCAGAUCGAUCUUUCCAAGUAUGAGAAACUCGAUCGCUUACAGGCAGGCCACCUCCGCCAUAUCCACAACUUAGCAUCACUCCCCGAUGGAGAGUGGCAUCACAUGGGAAGCCAAGAGCCACAACAGGAGUUCUUGGACGCAUUCAGGUACCAAUUGGCUCAGAUGAGCUAUGCUGCGUCCGUUGCCCAUUACCACCGUCUGCCAGCAGCCCGAAGCCUUUUCAAGCCGUUGAUCCGACAGCUCAUCCAGAAAAUGCUUCAUCCCACGGUUUGGGGCUACUGGUAUCUGACUAGUCAAUCGGGAAGCUUCGUCGACCCGGGCCGGACGGAGCUGAGGAAGCCGUGGGCUGACCCCGUCAUCGAAGAGAACAUCAUGUACAGCGGCCAUCUCCUUCUCAUGACCAGCUUGUAUGCUAUGCUGUUCGAUGACGACGAGUUCGAAAAGCCGGGAUCUCUGACCUUCAGAUGGGCGCCGUUGUUCUGGGGUUUCGGGCCCCAAGAGUUCCACUACGAUAAUCGGAGCCUCCAGAAAGGCAUCGUCGAUCAGAUGGAACGGAACAACUGGGUUGGCGUUUGCUGUGAACCAAACAGUGUCUUUGUUGUUUGCAACCAGUUCCCUAUCAUUGCCAUGCGCUACAACGAUGUCCGCGACAACACCAGCGUCGUCAAGGAAGUCCUGGCAAAGUAUGAGCCAGCCGUCAAAAAACAUGGUUUGAUCCGUUCUGACGGAACAUAUGCCGAGUGGUUAUAUCUGAAGCAAGGCCAGAUUGAGCAACCUAAAGGGGUUCAAACAGUAGCGUGGGCCAAUGCUUUCAUGAACGCAUGGAACUCAGAGAUCAUUUAUGGAUUGUACGAAAAACAGGUCAAGGGCUUCGUCACCAAUAUCGACGGCAAGGUCGAGCUGCAACUCCCCGAGAUCGGCUGGGCAUACCGACGCAUUGCGGAAGAGAGGGAUGUUGGAAACAAUGACUCCUUUGUUCUGGAGCUUGCUCGAGAGGAGGCGUCGAAGGAGAAGCCGGCUCCAUUUCCGUACACUAGCCCUGUACUUGGUUAUGUUGUACAGUGGCUCUCCGAGCUGGGAAAAACGGCGGAACUCCAGGGACUUCUCGACACGGCGGACGCAAACCUCCAACCAACGUGGGAGAACGGCGGACUGUUCUAUCCUCGCAACGACAGGAGAUUCAACGAUGAAGGCAACUGGACUCACAUGGACCCAUUCACGGGCAAUGCUGGCAUCGCCUAUGCGAGGUUGAACGUUCAGGAUGGCCAGAAGAUCAUGUGGGACAACCCGAGGUCUCAGGAGUACUUCCAAAGUCAGCCAUGGAUCGACGGCGUUGAGCUUGGUGAUGGGAUUGACUGUCUUCGCAGCGUUUGGGAUGCUGAUGCUGGGGCUUUGGUUUUGACGAUGCAAACGUGGGAUGGAAGGCCUCGGACCGUUCAGCCCUCCGCGAUGAAUGUUCCUCUUGGGCAAUGGGCCGUGUACGUAGGAGAAGAGUUGGUCCUGUGUGAAGGCCUUGAAGAGGGAGGUAAACUCACCUUGGAGGUUCUAGUCAAUGGAGCGGCACUGGACGUUGUAUUUGUCAAAGUUGAUUGA